AUGUACAGCUUCAUGGGUGGCGGCCUCUUCUGUGCCUGGGUGGGGACCAUCCUGCUGGUGGUGGCCACAGCGACAGACCACUGGAUGCAGUACCGGCUGUCGGGGUCCUUCGCCCACCAGGGCCUGUGGCGAUACUGCUUGGGCAACAAGUGCUACCUGCAGACAGAGAGCAUCGGUAAGGUGGGGUCUGCGCGGCCUGGGAGAGGGAAAGGGACGAGCCGAGGAUCACUCGGCCCGGAAGGACAUUGCUCGCCACUGAGGCCAGGGGUGGCACGGGAGUGACCGUUCGGUGCUACCACAGCUUAUUGGAAUGCCACCCGGGCCUUCAUGAUCCUGUCCUCCCUGUGCGCCACCUCGGGCAUCAUCAUGGGCAUCCUGGCCUUCGCGCAGCAGCCGACCUUCACCCGCCUCUCCCGGCCCUUCUCUGCAGGCAUCAUGUUUUUCGCCUCCACCUUUUUUGUCCUGUUGGCCUUGGCCAUCUACACUGGAGUCACUGUCAGCUUCCUCGGUCGCCGCUUUGGGGACUGGCGCUUUUCCUGGUCUUACAUCCUGGGUUGGGUGGCCUUGCUCAUGACCUUCUUUGCAGGGAUUUUCUACAUGUGUGCCUACCGGAUGCAUGAAUGUCGGCGCUUGUCUGCUCCCCGCUGAGCCCGAUGUACCCCCAACUUCAUCUGGAAUUUAAAACGGGGCCACUGAAAAGGAGGGGGAGGGUCUAGAGGCCUGAAGUCCUGGCUCCUUUUGGGCAUGAGGGGGUUCAGUCCUGGACUCUGGGUGGGGGCCUCUGACUCCUGUGUCCCAAGGGGGAAGGAGGAAGAAUGGGGCCUGGUGGGAGGCAGUUGAGAAGACCCAAGGCCCAGCCCACGCAGGGGCGGGGGGUGUUAGAGAAAUGGGAUCUCCAUUAGAGCGACUUUUUGAGAGUCUAAUAAAACUGAUGUGAAACUACUAAGGUGUGGUCCUUAAGGAGUUGGGGUGAUGAGAAACAGGUGUGAGUGGUGGAUGGGGUGGGGGUAGUUGGAUUACUACAGGCCAACCCGCUCAGUCUGGGUAGGGAUGGGGACAGACAUGAAUCACACAGUCCCCACCCAGGGGUUAACUACGACAUCUAGGAAACAGAUGUGUAGGUCCAGUUCUGGGUGUUUUUUUCUUAAUCCCACAUCACCAAGCAACUCAUUUCUGACACUACCUAUGUGGGGGUAGUGUCAGAUCUCAAAAGGGAAGGACUCCGUCCUAAA